AUGCAACUACUCUUCUGGACCCUUUUGUCGCCAUGUGUAUCCGCACAACUUUCCUCGAUCCUAUCAUCGCUCUCCGUAACGCCAAUACCUAGCAGUCUCGUAACCGAAAUAACCCCCGCAUCUUCAUCAUUCACAUCUGUAUCAGUGCCGCGAAAUGCUAGUACAUCGGCCCUCCGGUCUUCAACGACAGAGGAAGUCAUUGGCAUCACAGGCGUUGCUCCAACUGCAUCCGUGAACGGCACCGCGACAUCAUCCACAGCAGCUCGCCCACGCCCGACGCAGAACACUACACCCUGUAAUGGACAUCCAGAAUUCUGCAACAGGCGCUUCUCAAACAUCUCUAUGGUUAUGGCUCACAACAGCCCAUUCGUAAGGCCGCGUAACGCUGCCAGUAACCAGGUGCUGGAGGUCGAAACCCAGCUCAACGACGGCAUUCGAGGGUUAUCAUUUGAAACACAGAAACCAAACGCUUCGAGCGCAAUCCGACUUUGCCACACAUCUUGUGACCUCCUUGAUGCCGGAACCCUGGAAUCCUAUCUCACAACCGUGAAAGGGUGGCUCGAUGAUCAUCCGUACGAAGUCAUUGCAAUUUUGAUGGGCAACAACAACGGCCAAACAACGAGAAAUGCGGCCACAGACUAUGUAGAACCCUUCCAAAACUCAGGGAUCCUGGAUUACGUUUGGACACCAUCUGCUAGGAAUCUGAAUUUGACUGAAUGGCCUACACUAGCUGAAAUGAUCCUCAGAAAGGAGCGCGUAGUUGUGAUGAUCGAUUACAAUGCCGAUCAGGACGCUGUUCCAUGGCUCCUCAGUGAGUUCGAAUACCAGUGGGAAACGCCAUUCUCCCCAACCGAUCCGUCCUUCCCCUGCACUCAAGAACGGCCGCCAAACCAAGCCGAAGAAGUUUCACGCAAUCGCAUGUACCUGCUCAACCACAAUCUCAAUGUCGAGAUUGCCAUCGGAGGAACAAGCAUCCUCGUACCAGCUUAUGGUCUUCUGGAUCAGAUCAACGCUGAUUCUGGCAACGGCAGCGUGGGACUGAACAUCCAAGGCUGUCAGGAACUGUGGGGCCGUCCACCAAACUGGCUGAUGGUUGACUACUACAACUUUGGCAACUUUAACGGAUCUGUCUUUCAAGUUGCGGCGACGGCCAACGGUGUCUCGUACAACCGCGACUCGUGCUGCGGUGUGCUGCGCAGAACAAGCGGGUCGGCUGCGCUCAGUUUCGACAGCGCCUGGCUUUACGCUGCUGUUAGCGUAGCCAUUGCAGCCGUGGUACGGAUGUAA